UUGUUUUUGAUCUGGUUGCUAUGCGCCACAGGAUAGUUACCCUCUGUAACACUGUGGUGAUAAUAUUCUUCUGCCAAGGGAAUGGAAGUAAAUAUUUACAGUGGCAUUUCUGAAUGUCAUGGCUUACAAUAUAUUUGCCGGAGAGCAACAGGCACCCAGCGUGCGCUGAUAAAUAUAGGGAGCUGCAAAUAAAAGGCACAACGUUUGCCUGGGUCUAGUAACCAAUGACAACAAGAUGUUUGCUUUGAAAUGGGUGAACUGCAGUAUCCAUGGUUUGCUUAUGUUCCUCACGAUGUGACAACGACACUGGAACAAUAUACAGUAAGUGAUUGAAAUCGGAGAAGGGUUGGGACUUUGGUGCUUAUGAAAUAAAAUGUCUGUUUUCCCUUUAUUAGAUGUUUCAUGUAACACCUCGUGUGGCCCCACAAUACACGUGGCUGGCAAAGUAGGGGGACAAGCUACUCUACCAGUUAAAUUAGAGGAGGAGGUAAACGAGAUUAUUUGGAUUAUAAGUGACGGUCGCAGACUGAAUCAUUUUGCUAUAACAAAACCCAACGAGCCUGUUGAUAUCCGGGUUGAUCAGUAUGAGGGGAGACUGUGCAGUGAGACAGACGCCUCCUUAACCCUCACUGAUCUGACCAAUCAGGACCAGAGAAUCUACUUAGCAAAUAUUUAUCUUCAAUCAAAUCAGCGCUGUGUCCAACUGUAUCAACUCCAAAUCUAUAAAAAUCUCUCAUCAGAAGAUAUCCUGAUCCACCCAAAUGUCACCCACAAUGGGACCUGUAAUGUUACUGUGACCUUGUCCUGUGCUGUGAUUGGAUCAGAUGUGACUGUCACCUGGAAUAACACAAACAGCCCUGGUACAGAAGUGACCAAUCACACGCUCCGUGUCUAUAAUGCUCAGUCACAUGUUACAUACACUUGUACCGCCCGGAACCCAAUCAGUGAAGCCUCCAGAACUGCACAUAUUCCUGUCAUUUGUCCUACAGAAGCACCAGUUGGAAAUGAUACUCAGCAGAACACGAGAGGUCUGCGUUGGACCUCAUUGAUACUGAUAAUAUUUCUGGCUUUGGCCUCAGUGAUACUGAUUAUUACUUCAUAUCUGAUCGUCCGACACUUUCAUGGCAUGAAGAGGAAAUCACAAGAUCCGCAGCAACUUGUUGAAUUGUGACUCCUCAUGGGCGGGGCCUCUGAGCUCACAUCUCUAUUCUUGUUCCAUCUUUGUUAUUGUUUGGUUUCUGUCUAUCUUUUUUUAAUACAAUGUUGAAUAUGUUGGCACUUAAAGUUAUAAUAAUAGUUUAAAAUUACAGAGAUGCUUGUAACUGAGCUCUAAUAAACAGGACCUUCUGUA